UUGGCCUUUGACCGAUCCUUCGCCACGCGCGUCUCCACCCUCUUCGUCCCCGGCCCUUCUUCUUUGAAUCUUCUCCUUCUUCUCUUCUCUUCGCUUCUUCUAUAUAUAAAGACUUCUCCUUUUUCAUCUUCCAAGCCGGGAGAGAGGGGAGCGAGAGCAAGAGCAAGAACCAAUCGGGGAGAUGGCAAAGCUCUAUAAGCAGACGGUGCCGCCGCCGGAUAUGAACAAGAACACCGAAUGGUUCAUGUACCCCGGGGUGUGGACCAUCUACAUCCUCAUCCUCUUCUUCUCAUGGCUUAUCGUCCUCUCCAUAUUUGGAUGCAACGCUGGCAUGGCUUGGACCCUUGUCAAUCUUUUCCACUCUGUUAUCACAUAUUACUUUUUCCAUUGGAAGAAAGGAACCCCUUUUGCUGAAGACCAGGGCAUGUAUAAUAACUUGACAUGGUGGGAACAGAUUGACAAUGGCAAGCAGCUCACACGGAACAGAAAGUUUUUGACUGUUGUACCUGUUGUCUUGUACCUGAUUGCCUCACACACCACUGAUUAUCAGAAUCCAUGGCUUGUCCUCAACACAUUUGCCGUCUUCGUUCUAGUGAUAGCCAAGCUCCCCAACAUGCACAAGGUCCGCAUCUUCGGAAUCAACGCAGACUAACGGAAGGCAGUACAAUUGAAAGAUCUCGUAGUCGUUAUCUCUUCUGAUCAAACAACUGUCCCGCUAGAUGAUGUUUCAGACAUCCAGUAGGUGUUUCUCGAUGCAUGUACAGAACAGAACUGUAAGAAACUAGAAUUGGUGUUGUGUUACUGCUUUCGAUAAAUAGAAGAUGGCUUGUAUUUCCGUCUUCCAUGUUUUAUCUCCUUUGACAAUGAACCUUUAAAGUUGUAUCAGCAGGUUCACAAGUUAAAAUCCAUGUUUUCUUGUAGCACUUCUGUAGAACCAGAUUUAUAUAUUACUGUGAAUUUGAUGUGGUUUCUGUUUUUAAGUUA